AUGAGCAGCGGCGAAUAUAUUGCGAAAUUGGCACCGGGUGCUAAUGUGCCACCUCCUGUACAACUUUCAAAUGAUCUUGUGGCCAGGGUUGUUCACGAUCAUAAAUUUAUUGAAAAAUUAUAUCGGGAUUUUGAGGAUGCAGCGAGUGAACAAGACUGUCAGAAUAUUGCGAAUGCUAUUAUCCGUGAAAUUGGUUCCCACGCAAAUGUUGAAGAAAUUGUGGUUAUUCCUGCUUACGAAAAGUAUAUAAAUCCCGAUGGUAAUAAAUACGCCGAAAAAGCGCGUCAAAAAGCACUCGCCGUAAAAAAUUCAAUUUAUGAGCUGCGUGGUUUGAAAAUGGGCGAGAAAGGUUUCCAAGCGAAGUUAUUUGACAUUAUGAGUACAUUUCGUGACCAUACUGGAAUCGAGGAACAGGAAAGCUUUCCUAAAUUGAAAGAAUGUGUUGAUACCGAAGUGUUAAAUGAACUCGGCCAUGCAUGGAAUGAAGCUAAAGAAAAAUUUGAGAAAAGGUGA